AUGGCAAAUUACGUCAGUAUAACACCUCCAACCCGAGCAAAUAUUGUUAGUGAUCAUAAAUAUCGUCUACGAUAUUUUAAAACACCAGCUUGGUGUCCUUAUUGUGAAGAUUAUAUAUGGGGCUCCGGCAAUAUAGGCUAUCAGUGUACAAAUUGUGGUGAUUAUUUUCAUGUUGAAUGUACACUUGUUUUAACAUCGGGUACAUGCCCUGGUUUAAAUGCAUGUCAUGUUAAUAAUCAAAAUUUGACGACAUAUGACACAAGUAUACCAAUAAAUGAUUGGACAGUAAAUGAUGUGUGUGAAUGGUUAGCUGUAGUUAACUUAUAUCGGUAUGCACCUAACUUUCAAUCAUUAAAAUAUGAUGGUGAAAUUUUAUUAUCAUUGACUGAUGAACAAUUAAAACAUGAUCACAUACAUGAUGUUUAUCAACGGCAAGCCAUAUUAGAUGCAAUAAAAGAAUUAAAAUCACGUGAGACAUAUCGUCCAAUAUCAUUUGAACGUUUUCGUACACAAUUAUCAACGAAUAAUCAUGGCGAUAAUUUUAUUUGUACAACAUUUUAUGAACGACGUUCAUGUGAUUUAUGUGAAAAAUCUUUGUAUGGAAUAAUUCACCAAGGUUUACAAUGUAGCCGAUGUGGUCUCGUGAUGCAUCGGCAAUGUUCGAAAUUACCAUCAAAACGUUGCGUACAUACAAAUAAACAACUUGAAUGUCAUACCAUCAUUGGAACAGAUUUUAAUGAUCAACCUAUUGAUUCUAAAACGCAACUACCUGUUAUUAUAACACGUUUAUGUCUAGCAUUAGAAAAUAUCGUCGCAGAUAAUCGAACACUAUCGUUAAUUGAUGCAUAUCGUUUUUCAAUUGAAUCAGCACGUAUUGCUCAAUUACGAAAAUUAAUAAACGAUAAUGAUAUUGAAAAAAUGAAUUUUAAAAAAAUGGAAUUAUCAGAAUUGGCUAGUUUAGUGAAAAUUAGUCUUAAAGAACCAGGAAUAGGUAUUAUACCCGAUGAAAAUUAUGAAGAUUUUCUUAAUUUGGUUAAUGCUCCAAAACAAGUGAUACAAGAAUUUGUUGGCAAAUAUUCCAUGCCGUUUUAUGUUGAUUUUCUUAAAUUUAUUAUGUGUCACAUAAUUCAAAUCUGGAAACUUGAUUACGAUUUUGCCAUGACAAACAUAAAUCAACAUCAUACAGUAAAAUCGUAUGAACCUGAACGUGUCGUAGAUAAACUUGUUGCCAUCUUUAAACAGCUGAUAUUUCGACCACCAUGGCCAAUGAUUAUGUCUCAUUCACGAAAUGAUAAAGAUCAUGUUCAUUUAUUAAAACGUUUUAUCUAUGAAAUUGAUUGGGGUGCUGAACGACCACCAGCAACAGUUUUACAACAAUCUCCAUCAACCAAUGUACCAAGAUCUGAGCAACAGCCACUUGAUAAAUAUCCAUGGUUUUAUAAUCGACAGGAUAAUCAAUCAUUAACUGACAAACUUUUAACAAAAUCUUUAACAAUUAAUGAUGGUGAUUAUUAUGUACGUUUUUCAACUGAAGCCAGUGUAUCAGCACCAUUUACACUCGUUGUACAACUUGAUGGACAACAACGUUUUAUAAAAAUUUGUAUGAAUAAACUUGGACAAUAUGGUUUUUCAUUAAUUUCAUGUUUUUUUCAAACAAUACAAGAGCUAAUCGAAUAUUAUUCACAGAAUUCUUUAUCGAAACAUUUCCCUAUAUUAAAAUCUGACAUGAAACUAGGUAAACCGAUUCGUCGUGAUAUAUUUUUAGCUCAUAUAAAAAAUGAUGAUUUGGAUAAUUAUGCUGUUGUACUAUCAAAUAUCAAUGAUCAGAAUCUUUUACGCAUCGCAUUAAUUGAAUUAACUAAUAAAUAUAAUGAAAUUGAACGUGAAUGUACGUCAUGGAAAACUGAACUCGACCAAAUUAUAACAUAUAUGAGUGAAAUACAACGAUCAACUAUGGCAUAUGGAAGAAUUCAGAUGAUUUAUGAAAAACAAAUGAAACUCAAUCGAGAUAAUUUUCUACUAUGUCAGAAACAAACAGAAAAAAAUGAAUAUGAACGUUCAUUUAAAUAUCUUGAACAACGCGUCGAACAAUUUGUUAAUAAUAUGAAAAAAUUAAAUGAAACUUAUACUGAACGACAACUGAAGCGUGAUCAACUAUCAAAAACUCUUGAUGCAAGAAAAAAUGAUAUAAUCAGUUAUGAAACUAAGAUUGCUAUGUGCAUGAAAUUACUUGCUGACAAAGGUGUUGAGCAACAUGAAAUAAACAGUUUUCUUGGUCUUCCAACCGAUGAACCUUGGUAUUUACCGACAAUCAAUCGUGAAAUGGCUCACAAAUUAUUAAAGAUAUGUGUUGAAGGUACUUUCCUUAUUCGUACAUCGUCCAAUGGCCUAUAUGCAUUAACAUUAGUACAUAAUGGAAUUAUAUACGAUUGCCGUAUUGGCCGAGAUCCAACUCAAAAUUAUGCCUUUCGAUUUGUUGCAUCAUACAUCGAUAAUAAUGGACAACCAACAACUAUGAAUGAUAAUAGUUCAGGUUACUGUGAUCGUUCAUUUUAUUCAUUAAAAGAACUGGUUGACUUUUAUACGAAAAAUUCAUUAGCUGAAAAUAAUCCUGAAUUAAAUAUAUGUUUGACAGUACCUAUUAAAAUGCAUGUGAAUAUUAAAAUAUAG